AGAGCGGGCUGGGCUUGUGGAAGCAGGAAUGGCAAGUCGGAAAACCUGAUCUGGCAGGUUUGUUGCAAAAGCUCUUUUGUCAUUAAUGUGUCUGACUCUGAGCACACCACCUAUCAUGAGAAGACUCUGAUGCAGAACCCUUGAUGUUCUGCCGGGAAAAUGCACAAUAGAACAUACGUGGCCUUAUCACAUUCAUCAUUGCCUCUAGAGUUCAAUAGAAGUAACUCAUUUUAACAGUUGGACCUGGCUGCAGAUAAGGACUGCACAGUGGGGAAAGCUGUGCCUAUUGAUUUUCCGCCUGCUGCUGGACCUCAUUUGGGAAGAAAGAUGGCAUCAACAGGAAGGUGGACCAUCAAAACACACAGCCCACAAGGGACAGUCCUAUGCAGAGCAACUCAGUAUGCAUGCAUGUUGCUCAGCUAUAUGUUAGAGCAUAAGACCGGCCGUGAGGAAGUGAUAAUGAAGCUCAAAGACCUGGAGGCAAGCAUGCGCUCAGGCCGCAAGUUGUUUAGGCUUGGUAACAUGCUGCAUGCCUUCGUUUCGGCCAGGCACACCUCCCAGUUGCCAGAUUUGGUUCCCCGCUGGUGCCUGACUGCCUCCAACCUCAACCGUGUCCUAUACUUCAUGUGCGACACUGUCUUGUGGGUGAAGAGCGUGGGGCUCAUCUCGGACAUCAACAAGAAGAAGUGGCGCAGCCGGGCGACCAAAUACUACUACUAUUCCCUGCUGAUAAACCUGGCCAACGACUUGUACGAGCUCUGCUGGCGGAUGGAGCAUGCUGCACGGAAAGAGAAGCUUCAAGGGGACUCAUCUCGGCUCCAGAGCUUAACUUCUCUGGCAACCAGUGGCCUCCAGCCGCUUCUCCUCCUCCUCUACAUCACACUGAAGAAGCAUCCUCCUUUGCUGCUGGACACGGUGAAGAACCUUUGCGAUCUCUCUAGUCCGUUGGACCUGCUGGGAAUCUACAAGACCAACCCCGGAAUCAUUGGGCUCUGCGGCCUUAUCUCCUCCUUGGUGGGGAUCCUCACCGUCGCCGUCCCACAACUGAGACUAAAGUAUUGACUUUGACACGUCCCUUAUGGCUUCCAUUUUGCAGAGUGGUCCUUUGGAUAUCAAACCCAAUUGGGCAGGCUUCCUCUGUCCUGUCAGCGGACUUGUUCUCUGCCGCUGGCUUGGUUUCUGCCUCUUUCCUCAUACGAUUUUGCGGCCCUUCGAUGGGAGAAGGCAUUGAUCAGUGAUGGCAUCGGAAAGACCGAGGGAAACGACCUGGGAACUAUGUAACAAAGAAUGCGAAAUUGUACAGUCGAGAUUUGGGUCUGAAUGUAGAAAAAAGGGCAUGUGGCCCACAUGAGACUUUGGCUGAGGGCAGUCAUGUCCAAUGUAACACUAAACAGAUAUUCCGAUCUCCCCCUCUCCUCCCCUGCUCACCGUUGAAACCUAUUCUGGGGGUUUCCCUAACCCUCCAGAGCAGAUUUGGGAAUGGUGAGGAGGGGGUGGGAAUCCCCUAGCCCUAAUACUUGCGCUGAAGUCUUGUUGAAUACCAAGUUGCCUUGGAAUCAUAGAAUCAUGGAAUUGUCGAGUUGGAAGGGACCGCGAUGGUCAUCAAGUCCAACCCCCUACAAUGCAGGAUUCUUUUGCCCAACAUGGGGCUUGAACCCACGACCCUGAGAUUAAGAGUCUCAUGCUCUACCAACUCAGCUAUCACAGGGGUCACAUCUCAGGCUAUGGGCGCUUUCACAUCUGAUCUAGUUUUCCUAGUUUUUUUAGUUUUGUUUUUUAUUUGCUUCAAAAACUUGCCAAGCUGUUUGACUAGAGGCUAUAGUGGGAAAGCAAAGCCUUGUAAAAAAAAAAAAACGAGAAUGUUGUGUGUGCAACUUCCUUUUAUCCAAAUGCUGCUUCCAGUCAAACAGAAUAUAUAAAAGUGCAAAACCUAGUUCACCUUUCGUAUAAUUACAUAAGUAUGCAUACUAUGAGGAAACCAUUUGACUCUCUGGAGAGUGGGGGACUUCUCCCCACACCCAAAAGAUGUGAAGGCAUGGGGGGCAGGAAAAUGUGGGGUGGGAAGCAGUGUGGCUACUGACUCUUGAUAUGGACUCUAUGACUGCCCAAAUACAGUCGUACCUUGGAAGUUGAACGGAAUUCGUUCCAGAAGUCCGUUUGACUUCCAGAACAUUUGGAAACCCAAGCUUGGCUCCCAAUUGGCUGCAGGAAUCUCCUGCAGCCAAUCAGAAGCUGCAGACGCCCCAUCGGACAUUUGGCUUCCAAAAAUAGUUCGCAAACCAGAACAGUCACUUCCAGGUUUGCGGCAUUCAGGAGCCAAAACUUUUGAGAACUAAGCUGUUCGAAGACCAAGGUACAACUGUAUGUAAUUGCAGGUAUCCAGGAAUUCUGUGCAUGUUCUUUAUAGGGCUACCUCCUGGCCCAUAUUUAUCCUAGCCAGUCUGCAGAUUCUCACUCUCAGCUUCCUAACAUAUAGGGAUGCCAGAAUAUGCCUUACCUUCUCAGAUAGCACUGCCUUUCUUGUUGCUUAUGGUAAUGGGAAAAUCACUUUUUCCAAAUGUCACUGGGUGAAUGAUUUGUUUGUGUUUCCCUGCCACCUUGGGGGGGCAUGUGGGGUGCAGUAUAUGCACACAGAUGCAUCUGAGUUAAGACACAACUUGCUUUGCAACAAAAGGAAGGUGUUGCUUUGCAACAAAAGGAAACCAUAGGUCAGCUGUAGAAGAGUUUGGAUUUGAUACCCCGCUUUAUCACUACCUGAAGGAGUCUCAAAGCGGCUAACAAUCUCCUUUCCCCUCCUCCCCCACAACAGACACCCUGUGAGGUGGGUGGGGCUGAGAGACUUCAGAGAAGUGUGACUAGCCCAAGGUCACCCAGCAGCUGCAUGUGGAGGAGCAGAGACGCGAACCCGGUUCCCCAGAUUACAAGUCUACUGCUUUUAACCUGUAGUUGGAGAAAGGCCCAAGGAACAAGCUGGGUGACUUGAGAGGGGAGAACAUUGUGCAAUGUUGCCAGCAAUUUUGUAUUGUUCUGAACAAGCAAUCUUAGCGUUAUCAGAGCUUUGUGGUUCUCCCCUACACACACACACACACACAACUUCCAGGGGGCAGUAGGUUUUGGUUUGGUUUUGAAAAUUAAGGGUGUAAUAGGAUACAUUAAGAGCCCGGCUCUUUUGGUGGCAGGCAUGUCCAACAGGUAGAUCAUGAUCUACCGGUAGAUCACUGGACGUCUGUGGUAGAUCACCGGUAGAUCAGUGGCUCCUCCCCACCAAAGAAGCUAAAAAACUUUGGCUCCCCUAAAAAAACCUCAACACCUUUGCCCUGCACCCCUAAAAUGACCUGAACCACCAAAAACAGGGCUUUCCUUCCUUAAAAAAAGCUCAAUGUCGCUUUCCUCCUUCCUAAAGCUCAACAACUUUUACGUGAACCCCCAAAAACAGGGCUUUCCUUCAUAAAAAAGCUCAACAACUUUGACCUGAACCCCCCAAAAGGGGGUUGAUCACUGCCAGUUUUUAACUCUGUGAGUAGAUCUCAGUCUCUUGGAAGUUGGCCGCCCCUGGUGUAGAGCAGUGUUUCUCAACCUUUUUUGGGCCAAGGCACACUUGUUCCAUGAAAAAAAUCACGAGGCACACCACCAUUAAAAAAGUUAAAAAAUUUAACUCUGUGCCGCCCUAUAUUGACUAUAUAAUUAUGACUGUAAGAAACACUUGCCAAUUGCUGUGUUGGUUGCAAUCUCCUGUAAUAUGGCUUCACAAGCCGCUGAUUUCUCUGCCAGCACAAUCCUUUGCUCAGCAAGUUUCAGGUUGAGCUCAUCCAGCCAGCUUCUUUAAGUUUGUCUAAAACCACCCUCCCGUGGUGGUGGCUGUUGAGAGCUGCACUCGCCCCGCGUCGUGACCCAGCCGGCUUCCUUUCAGGCGGGUCAGUGGUGUUUAUUGGCGGGCGCCAGGCACGUGACAAUGCAAAUCGCCCUUCUCGUCGCCGCACGUCGCGGCACACCAGCCAGCGUCUCGUGGCACACUAGUGUGCCGCGGAACAGCGGUUGAGAAACACUGGUGUAGAGGAUGCAAGUUGACUUUUGGGAUUCCAUUUCCAGCUCAAGCAUGCAGGUUUCUUGAGUUUUAGCAAGUCAUUAAUUCUCCCCCACCCACCAAAAAAAAAACCCUACUUUGCAGGGGUGUUGUAAGGCAAUCCAGUGCACAGCUUUUUGGAGGGAUGGGCAAAUGAAAUAAAGAAACAAGAGCCUAGGUUGUCUGGUCUCAGAAUGUGGUGGACUCUCCUUCAUUGAAAGAUUUUAGAUAGAGGUUGUAUGGCCAUCUGUCAAGGAUGCUUUAGCUGUGCUUCCUGCAUGACCCUUGGGGUCCUUUCCAACCCAAUGAUUCUAGUUUUGCUGCUUCUUGCUCUCUUAACAUUUUGUAACUGUUCCCUUUUGCUGAGGAUGCUUUUGACUGCACCUGUAAGCCCAACAGACAUAAACUCAUGACAUAGAAAUGCAUCAUCUUAUUGUGUUCAACAGAAUUCUCAUGAAAGCAAUGAGAUGUAUUUCUGUAUCAUGAGAUUAGGGCUGUUGGGCAAUGCUAGCAGGUGCAGUCAGAAUCACCCUCCAAAAGAAGAUACUGUAUUUAAAAGGCUCAUUUUUAAGACACUAAAAUCUGGGAGUAGAUUUUGUUGUUGGGGGCUCACACAUUAGGAUUUCUAAAAGCAAUGAAAUCAAGCCAUAUUUGUGACUUGGGACAGGGUGGAAUCCUUUCCUUGGUGCCUUUUAAUCUUGCAUAUUGGGAAUUUUUAAACGUGUUUAUAUUAUAAGGUAUUUUAACUUAUGCUAAUAUUUUGAAUAUGUUGUAAGUUGCUUUGUGACCUUUUUCUGCAAUGAGCAACUAACAAGUUUAAUAACAUGAAUUUUAAGAGCACCCAGCACCUUGAAUAUCACACUACUGUAUCUGGAAUAAAAGCUGCUAUACUUUCAUUUUUUCCAGGGGAAAAAAAGAAAAGAAAAGCAAUGGCAAACUUC